ACAUUGACACACACACUGACACACACACACAGACACACACACACACUCACACUGACACACAAAGUAGCGAAUCGCAGCGCUGCUAACCGAUGCUCCACCGCUCACCGUUCCCUCCAAAUCCAACCCUACCCUGAGCAAAACACGCGGCGACACACCCAGACACACCUCAGACACACUCACACCCACUCACACACACUCACACCCACUCACACUCACACCCACUCACACCUUAGCCUGCUGUACUUAACGCGAGCGCGCAAACAGCAGAUGCCUGAGUCGCGAUCUCCCUCUCUACAUAGAUAGCUGUGUCUCUCUACCAGGUGUGUGUCUAUCUACAGAGAUAGCUGUGUCUCUCUACCAGAAAGACAGAACACACAGACAAUGAUGGAGGGCGUGGAGGAGACUCUGAGCGCCUUCAAGUCCAGCGUGCGGAGAAGUUUUGAUGGAGCCAGCACUAAGCAGGCGGAAGAGACUAUGGAUGGAGCGAUGCAGAGCUGGAAGGAAUCCGUCCGGAGGCGCCUCAUGCCAACAACGGAGAAUGACGUCAUCGAAGCGCUGGAGCUGGCCCAGCGUCUCGUGGACCGCCCCUGGUACCGUGCCGCUGUCCGAGCCAACGCGGUGACGGUGCCCGAUGCUCCGGGCCUCUAUGCUGUUGGCCGCCGGUCUCGUGGGCACGGCUCGGGGUCCUCCUCCGACUCGUGCCCUGAGGAGUCGUCCUGCUCAUCCUCAGGCUCAUCCUCAGGCUCAUCCUCAGGCUCAUCCUCCUCGUGCCCAGAGGAGUCGUCCUACUCAUCAGCCUCCGGCGGUGGCCGAACCUCUCGACGCCUCUCGUCGUCGCAGGGGCCAGCGCCCUCGAGGCACGCACAGGAAAUCGUCUACCUGCAGGUGGCGUGUGCCCCCAAGGACCUCCGCCGCUCCGUGCGAGCUGCGUUCAGCCGCAAGAAUCCGUGCGGGCUCUCGGAGGCCCUCUUCUCGUCUGCCGAGAGUGAUCUCUACGUGAAGUGGACCCCCUUCAGCCACGAGUGGGAGGCUGAGCUGCCGCUGUCCUCGUGCCAGGCCGCGGUCAGCCAGCGCCUGGGCUACGAGCCGGAGUACAACGAGGCCCUCUACGUGCACGUGGACAGCUGUGUCGUGUCUUAACGUGGUGGUGGUGUGGGUGGAGCUGGGGGUGGAGCUGGGGGUGGAG